CUUGUGAAGUCGCUCGGACUCUCCUUCUUUUUGUCUUUGGGAAGGCUGAAGUCAGCCAGACCCUAGUCAGUUUUGUUUUAAUAGUUUGUGUUGUUUGUCUUUAAUUCCCAGGAUUUACAAUGAGUGUUAAGCUUCAUCUGAGCAGUUUGUGGGUCGCUCUGCUGGUUUUGGGAAGCGUGUCUCUGAGUCUCCAGUACAACUCGCACAGGCUCAGAAACAAAAACUGGUGCGCGUUCAUCGUGCAGAAGAACGUGAGCUGCGCAGUGCGCGCGGACUUUCCGGCAGCGGUUGAAGCUGAAGCUGCGCCCUGCCCUCCACACCAGCCAGACUGCGAGCCGUCAGUGAUGUAUCGGACCCAUUUUCAUCCCAGUUACAGGAUUUCCUAUAAGACUGUUACUGAACUGGAAUGGAGGUGCUGUCCAGGAUAUCAAGGUCCAGACUGCAAAGAACUAAAAGGCAUCCCAAAUCGACAGAUGUUAUUAAAACCUCAACCGAAGCCAAAUCCUCAGCCAUAUACUGGAUACGUUCAAAACUCACAAAGGCCAGAGAGACAGAAGGCAGAGCAAGACAACAGCUACCAUGAGGUUGAAAAAACCCAGCAACUGGAAGAAGAAGUGCAUCGCCUUUCCCAGACAGUGCUGGACCUUCAGGCAGCCAUGACUAGCAUGUCGGCGAACCUACGUGCCGAUUUACAGGAGGACACCAGCAAAAUGCUUGUCAGUCUCCUCAGCAACAUGCAUGUGCAAGAUAGCGCAAGAUCAGGAGGUAUAGAGGAGAGCGUGGUGCAUCUGGAUGGGCACCAGGCCACAAGGGGAGUCGAGGAGAGGGGCAUGGAAAAAGUGCUGGCCAGGCUUAAUGAUGUGACAGAUGCUCUGAAAAGCAAGGAUGAGGCAAUUGAGGAGCUGCGGGAAGCUGUGACUGGAAACAGUGGCCAGAUCCGUAUGCUAAUGGAUGCUUCUCAGGGACCAAUGGUUACUGCUGGUGCCUCCUCAGACAUUGAUAUUCUUCAGUCCUACAUUGAUACUAAGUUUGAGAAAUUAAAGAAGGAGCUGGUUUUGGAUAUGAAGGAUGAGAUAGAAAAGCUGAAGAGUGCAUGUGAUGAUAAGAUAAUGUCUUGUCAGAAGUCCUGUAAAGAGGGAUGGAAGGGAAGUUUUGACAACCUGACAAACCUACUGGACAUUCAAGAGGUCAAACUAAGGAAGGAGAUACGUGAGCUACGUCUGGAUAUGGCUAUGUCUGACGGACUGGUGCGUACUCACAGGCAAGCAGCUCCAUUCAAUGAGGAUGACGGUGAAUUACGAAAUACGAUUCAGCGCUUGGUAGAUGCUCAGAAAGUCUUAAACGCCCGUGUGGACAAUGAACUGGGACAUCUGUCCAUGCUACAGCUGGAAGAUGUAUUUGGCCCUCGCUUGGAUGAACUUGAAGACAGGAUGAAUGUGACCGAGAGGAAUGCAGAAACCUACUGCUUCUACGUGGAUGAGAAAUUAACCAAGGCUCUAAGCGAAGAGACAGCAAAGAUCCGGGAGCUCUUGGACAAGAGACUGAAUUCUGUAGAGGACCAGUUCACGAGAAUGCUGGUAGAGAUAAGUAACACCUCCUUCCCAGGGAUGUUCAGCGAGUCUGUUGAUGGUCUGCAAACUCAGGUUAAUUCAAACAAUUUUGCGAUUCAAGGAUUGGAGGACAAAUUGAAUGCUAUUGAGCAGAUCUGCACCACUGGCUGCAACACAGGACCAUUCACCAAUCCUCAACACCUAGGUGGCCUGGAGAGUAUUCAGGCAGAUCUGAGGCACUGUAGGAAUCAACUGGAUGUCCUGAGCACUAGUACUAAAAACAAUGCGGCAAAGCUUGUAGAAUUAGACAGGGUAGUUGAACGUGUGAGGCUCAACAAUCAGCUUAACAGUGUUAGCGUGCAGGAUGUGCACAACAAGCUGACGCCUCUGACAGAUAAUGUGAGUGGAUUGACUGGAGCUGUGACAGGGUUAGGAGAUGUCAUGAGCAGGUUUAGCCAGGAUCUUCAGACCUUGAACUCUAGCUGUUGCCAAGUAGUGGAGAUAGAACCGAUUCAGCCACCAGCAACAGUACCAUCUCUGUCCCAUGAGGCAGGCAAACCAAGCCAAAAUCAGUUGGACGAGCUCAGCAACAGACUAGACAGGCUGAGAUCCCAGGUGACUGCAGAGCUGACCCUUUGUAAGGAGAAGGCAGCAGGUUCAGCUGAAGGGAUCUCUGCAGUAGGCAACAGGAUUACUACACUAGAAGAAUUGUGUCGGAAAGGAAACUAUGAAAGAGUUCAGGCUAUGAAAGACGGUCUGGAGAGAAAUGUGGCUGAGAUGAACUCCACAUUGCAAACACACUCCAGGGGGAUCAGUAACCUCCAGACCACUCUGCACAAUGUUCAGGCACAGCUUGCAAACAUUCAGAACCAUUCUACAAAACAGCAAGGAGUUCCAGUGAAGCAGGAGCAACCCGGUGCUUUCCCACCGAGAAGGGCAUAUAUACCCGAGAUCCACAUUCCUAUACUUAUACCCCAUAGGACAGUGCCUGUUACUUCCCGUCCAUUUGUACGCCAGCCCUCAAACCCACGCCAGCCUUACGCCCCUCUGCAGCCCUCAAGCCCACGCCAACAGCCUAAUCAAGUCCUUUUGACUGGAGUGGCCGGUCCGCCCGGAUACAUGCAAAGAGUCUCCUCUCGGCGGGAGCGUGGAUCCCAAGAGUUAAACAAACCCAUGAAUGGAUUUGCAGGUGCACCAGCAAGCUAUCCUCCAGUAAACCCAGUGGCGUAUAAACCCCAACCGAUCGCAGCUUCCCAAGUGUUAUGGAAUCCUGCACAAAGGCUUGUUGCAACACCAGUGACGUAUGACAGAAACAUGGCAGGAGACACUUUCUCCUUUUCAGCUGGUCUCACACAACAGACGCUUUUAGGAGACUUUGGCAUCAUCCGGUUUAAUAAAGUGCUAGUUAAUGACGGAGGGCACUACAAUCCCCAAACAGGAAUCUUCACGGUGCCUGUGAGCGGCCGUUAUCUAAUCACGGCCGUGCUGACGGCUCCUCGGCACGAGCGGCUCGAGGCUGUGCUCUCCGUGUCUGAGCGCAGCGUGCAGAAGCUUGAUUCAGCAGGUUUUGGAGGACAUGACGGGCUGCACACAUCAAGGCCUUGUCAGUGUGGUAGUUCUGCCUCGUUCAGCCUCAUCCUCUCUCUGCGCGCAGGUGAUCGAGUUGCAUUAGUGCGCACGGCCGGCGCGCUGGCCCUCUCUGAGGCCAAAGAGAUCCUCUCCACGUUCAGCGGGGUCUUCCUCUACUCCACUCAGGUUCACAGAUAACAUCUAGCAAAAAUAAAUAAAUAAACCACACAUACAUAAACUGCAGAGGACUGUCUGGCUGUGUCACUCUCCACAUUUACAUGGCAGCCUGUGGCGAGCCAGACGACACUGCAAGGAUAUCACUGCUUGGCUUUGGCUUGACUACAGAACAACAUUGCUUUGGUUGCACCAUGGAAAGAAGUGCACUGAGAUUUUUAGUUAUACUCCACAUAUUUUCAUCAUAUAAUGUAUUUACUUACGCCACAACUUUUAAUAUAAAAAAGGCGGUUUAUCCUGAGUGACUUUAAUCAACAAUCCAGACUGUAUAGAAUCAUUUUAUUACAAAUUAGUAGCAGUAUUAUAAUUGUCUUUAUUUUGCAUUAUGUACGGAAUAAAACAGGACUGUUUAUAGGACAAUAAUAAAUGACUGGAUGAUGUCUGAAGAUGGCAUAUCCCAAAGAAGUUUAUUCUUCUUACACCACAGGAAUUAACCACAGAUUGCAAUUUUUAUUUAUUAACACACACGUUGUGCAUUCAACCAUUUCUAGUUACUGUUAAUGUUGUACAAUUUCUUUGUAUGCAGUUAAUGCAGCUCGUAACGUUACCCUGAAGCCACAAAGAUGUUGCCAUCGCAGUUACGGCUUUAAAACCCGAAAACCGGAGAAUCCUCCCAGAAAUGUUAAAUAAACGUCUCUUCACUGAAAACCUGACUAGAUCAACAAUUACAUGUUGUCGUUGUUUGUUUUUGUUUUUUUUAUAUGUGGCACAAGUGCCCAUAGAAGUCGUUACUAUAGAAACGAGCUUUGGUAAAUGAACCAGAAUUAAGCAUUCGAUAGUGCUGUGGUAAAUGGUUUUAUAAUAGAUGAUGUAUAAUGGAAUGACGAACCAACACAAAGAAUUUAAGGAUAAAGUGACAGCAUGAAGCUGAGGAGAGGGUUCUAAAUGUGAAUUUCCCUUUGGGAUGAAUAAAGAAUCUAUCUAUCCAUCUUGCCAUCCAUCCAGUUUAGUCUCAACAAUCGAUGUAAAACCUAUUUUAAUAAUUGCUUAUACUUGCCGUGACAAGCUCUAUGAUUUAUGAUUUAAGCAAUUACCGAAAUUCUAAACUUGUAGAUACAAAAAAAAGGGGGAAGACUGAUAUUUCCCAUUUCUCCUUCAUACAAACUCUAUAGCCUUCGGAUAUUCCAUCUUAUUUAUUACACUGCUGGACAAGGCAAUAAGAAAAAAAAAAAACAUGAACAUAUUCUUCUUUUUUUUCUGCUGCUACAUAAAUAAAGAAAAUGUUUGACCUGAGGUGAUUUUCU